ACCCCUAGCGCCCUAUGUAGUGAGCAUGGUGUGGUUUGUAACGUACCCUUACCAAGAGCGCGGUAAAUUUUGCUCCGGUUGUGCGCCUGGUUUUGUAGCAGCAACAGAGAAAGUUCUCGGCCCCGAUAUAAGAAGUUAGAGUUCUGAUUUUGUGGGACCCAUGGGUUUGUUACAGCAAUGUGCAGAGCUCUUCAACACAUCCAACCUUUAUGAGGUGCUCUGUGUGGCAAAGGAGGCGUCAAACGUGGAGCUGCGGCGUGGUUAUUAUAAACUCUCCCUGCAGGUUCACCCAGACCGAGCACCUGGUGAUCAACAAGCCACCAACAGGUUUCAGGUACUAGGAAAAGUCUAUGCUGUGUUGAGCAACAAGGACCAAAGAGCUGUGUAUGAUGAGCAAGGUGUAGUGGAUGAAGAAUUGGAUUCACUCAACCAAGACCGCAACUGGGAGGAAUAUUGGAGAAGGCUGUUUCCAAAGAUUACUUUGCAGGACAUAACUGACUUUAAGAAGCAGUAUAAUGACUCUGAGGAAGAGAAGCAGGACCUAAAGAGGCUCUACCUACUGUAUGAGGGAGACAUGGACCGGAUCAUGGAUUCAGCACUGUGCAGAGAUCAGGAUGAUGAGCCUCGUGUGCGGGAAAUCCUGCAUCAAGCUGUAGAUGCUAAAGAUGUGCCAGCCUACAGAGCCUUUACUCAUGAAAGUGCAAAGAAAAAGGCCAGCCGCAGGAGAAAGGCGGAGAAGGAGCUGCAAGAGGCAGAGGAGCUACAAAAGGAGCUGGGGCUGAGUACAGAGGAUAGCCUAGUGGCCAUGAUCCAGCAAAGACAGAAGUCCAAAGAAAAAGACUUUGGCUUGUUCAUGGCAGAUUUGGAGGCCAAGUACUGCAAGAAGUCUUCCAAGGGGAAAAAGGCAAAGAAAAACUGACAAAAAUUAUAUUGCAACUAGGCCAGGCUUAUGUUGAGUGUUGUUUUCUCACCUUAUGGCUUUCUAUCCUUUGGACAGAAAAUUGUAACCAUCUUGUACAGUCCAAAGUUUUAUAAUUGAAACUGAGCAAAGCCUCUGAGAAAGCAGUGACUGUCUUCUAGCACUAUGCUUGUCUUCAGAUGGGGAUGUACCAGUUUUUAAUAUUGCAUGUCCAUAUCUGAUCAGUAAGUGUUAAAUUUAAUCCACCACCGAUUCACAUUUUUCAGUAUGUGUUGAUAUAUUAUAGAAACGCAGACACAAUUUAUAUUAAACUAAUAAAAUUUGAUUGUGUUUAUCCAUAUAUUAACUGAAUUGUUCCAAAUCAUGCCUGCAACAUUUGUUACUUGGCAAGAGUAGCUCAGUGUGAGGGUUUUUUGUAGAAGAUAAUUAGAGCUCUUAUAUUGAUAUGCUUAAACAUGGAACAUGGUGUAUCUCUAAUAAUAUUUGUUUCUUUAAGCUCUACAAACAGCUCCGCCUUGGCUGCACCAUGCAUAAGUCAUUUAAUAAACACAUGUUGCAGGUACUGUACUAUGGUCAUUUGGUUAUGUACAGUUAUAUGACAAGUGUUUGUGUAAUAAAUAUUACAUACAUGUAAUACGUGUUGUGCAUGAAUGAGGAUAUGUGUGUAACACCAAAUCAUUUGUAUUUUUGCCCAGCAUAGAUACUAAUUCAAAAAUGUGGACUCUUGUCUGUGGUCUCAUUUUUUUGUUCCAUUUGUAUGUAUAUUGUUUUGGACAGAGUCUAAAUGUAAUAAAUGUUACUGUUUUUCAUCAGAA